AUGGCAGUGAGUCAUAUUUCAAAACAAUUUCUCAAACGAUUCAGCAGACACUUCAAGACCUUCAUUAAUGGAAAAUAUAUUUCGGGUAUAGUCAGAACCUACUGUACUCGUACGGAUAAUUCCUUCGAUCUUAUUGUCGUUGGUGGCGGAUCAGGAGGACUUGCCUGUGCUAAAGAAGCUGCUUCUUUUGGAAAGAAAGUGGCUGUCUUGGAUUUUGUGAGCCCCUCUACUCAAGGUGUGAAAUGGGGACUGGGAGGGACGUGUGUGAAUGUCGGAUGUAUUCCAAAAAAAUUAAUGCACCAAGCCGCCUUACUUGGACAAGCUAUCAAAGAUGCCAAAAGUUUUGGCUGGAAUAUUCCAGAAACCUCCUUUUCCUGGGAGGUCAUGGCAGCUAAUGUUCAAAGUCAUGUCAAGUCUUUGAAUUGGGGUCAUAGAGUACAACUUAAAGACAAAGAUGUUACCUACUUCAAUGCCAAAGGAUCGUUCUUAGAUAAUAAAACAUUAGAAGCUGUGAAUGCCAAAGGACAGAAGAAAAUUCUGAAAGGUGACCAAUUUGUCAUUGCUGUUGGAGGUCGUCCAACAAUACCAAAUAUUCCUGGUGCCCUGGAUUAUUCCAUUACAAGUGAUGACCUCUUUUGGCUCAAGGAAUCCCCUGGAAAGACGUUGGUUGUGGGAGCAAGUUAUGUUGCUUUGGAAUGUGCCGGAUUUCUGGCUGGUGUUGGUUUGGAUGUCACUGUUAUGGUGCGGUCCAUACCACUGAGGGGAUUUGAUCAGGAAAUGGCAAAGCUUGUAUGCACCCACAUGGAAAAACACGGUGUCAAGUUUUUGCCCAAGUGCUUACCACAACAACUGGACAAAAUAACCAAUGGUCAGAUCAGGGUUAAAUAUACAUCUGGUGUUGGUGAAAAAAUGGAAGACCAUUUCAAUACCGUCUUAAUGGCUACAGGACGAUGGCCAGAGACAAAAGCCUUAAAUCUGCACAAUACGUCAGUGGAAAUUGAUUCUUCUACAGGCAAAAUAAUUGGUGGAUUUAACAAUGACUUAGAAAAAUCUUCUGCUGACAACAUCUACGCUAUUGGUGAUAUACUGCUGAAUCGACCUGAAUUGACCCCUGUUGCUAUCAGGGCUGGGAAAUUGCUUGCACGCCGUCUUUUUGGAGGUUCCACAUUACAGAUGGACUACACCUCGAUUGGUACAACAGUAUUUACACCCCUGGAGUAUAGCUGUGUUGGAAUUUCUGAAGAGGAAGCUAUUCACAAAUUUGGAGAAGACUCCAUUGAGGAAUAUACAGUGCCUCAAAGGGACGCAUCACAAUGUUUCACAAAGUUCAUUUGUAUGCGGGAAGGAGCUGGAAAACUUGUGGGUCUUCAUUAUUUGGGUCCGAAUGCUGGUGAAGUAAUGCAAGGAUUUGUGACUGCCUUUCGAGCUGGUGCCUCCAUGACGACAGUAAUGAAUACAGUUGGUAUUCAUCCAACUUGUGCCGAGGAGAUUGUCAAGCUUAAUAUUACGAAGCGGUCAGGGGAAGACCCACAAGUUACUGGUUGCUGA